AUGGGGCGUGUGGAUUAUCUGGCGAUGAAAACCGACGUCGAUACGGUUGCUCUGGUGAAUUCCGACUUGGAAGAGCUUAAGAUCGCUGCGAAGAAACUCGUCACCGAUGUUUCCAAGCUUGGUGGAUUAGCUUUCGGUGUUUCUUUUGUUAAAUGGAUCGCUUCUUUUUCUGCCAUUUACUUGUUAAUAUUGGAUCGAACCAAUUGGAGAACCAAGAUGCUUACCUCACUUCUAAUACCAUACAUCUUCCUUACCCUUCCUGGUGUCAUUUUUAACUUUCUCAGAGGAGACGUUGGGAAAUGGAUUGCUUUCGUUGCGGUCGUACUCAGACUUUUCUUCCCUAAGCAUUUCCCAGAUUGGCUUGAGAUGCCGGGUUCUCUGAUUCUUCUGCUUGUAGUUGCUCCAAACUUUCUUGCAUACCAUAUACGCGGAUCAUGGAUAGGUACUGUAAUCAGUCUUUUCAUUGGGUGUUACCUUCUUCAAGAACAUAUUCGAGCAUCGGGUGGAUUCAGGAAUUCGUUCACGCAGCCUCGCGGAGUAUCAAACACUUUAGGGAUCAUACUUCUUUUGGUCUACCCUGUUUGGGCUCUAAUCAUUCGUGUCACUUAA